AUGGGAAAUUCUCUUAGGAGCAGCUCUGUCUCUACCUCAAACAAGGAAGCCAUAUCUUUGCCUAUUGACACCAUUUUCAAGCUACCUUCUCCAUUGCCCUCUUGGCCAUCAGGUGGUGACUUUGCUAGUGGUGAGAUCGACCUGGGAGGACUCCGAGUGCGCCAAGUAUCAUCUUUCAACAAAGUUUGGUCGACAUAUGAAGGUGGACCAGACAACCUUGGUGCAACGGUUUUCGAGCCAUCCGAAGUACCUGAUGGAUUUUCCAUCUUUGGUUGCUAUGCCCAACCGAAUAACCAACCACUUUUUGGUUGGGUUUUGGUGGGAAAAGAUGAUUCAGGUGACAUUUUGAAGAAGCCAACUGAUUAUACUCUAGUUUGGACUAGUGAGUCCUUGAAAAUCAGCCAGACAACCCAAGCCUAUUUUUGGCUCCCAACACCACCAGAUGGUUAUGUAGCCGUCGGUCUCGUCAUCACCACCUCGUCGGAUAAGCCAUCCCUCGAUAAAAUACAGUGUGUUAGGACCGACUUCUCCGACGAAUGUGAGACAGAUAACUGGAUUUGGGCACAAGGAACGGUGAGAAGUGAUAAUGGAAUCAAUUUCUAUGGUUUAAGACCACAGAGUAGAGGAACCCAAGCUCAAGCUGUAAGUGUAGGGACAUUCAUCAUCCAAGACCAUGACUCUUCUUUAUCUUUAUCGUGUUUAAAGAACAACAAUUUCCCCUCAUCUUCUAUGCCAAAUCUUAAACAAAUCGAAGCAUUAUUUGAAGCAUAUUCUCCAUUUAUUUACUUUCACCCCAAAGAAAUUUACCUUCCCUCCUCAGUUAACUGGUACUUCAAUAAUGGUGCUUUACUGUAUACAAAAGGAGAAGAGUCAAACCCUGUUCCGAUUGAACCCGAUGGCUCCAACCUCCCCCAAGGUGGCUCAUACUGGCUGGACCUUCCUGUUGAUGAAGAUUCUAAGGAGAAAGUAAGGAAAGGAGAUUUAGCAAGCUCCGAGGUUUAUCUCCAUGUUAAACCCAUGUUCGGUUCAACUUUUACUGACAUAGCAAUGUGGAUAUUUUAUCCCUUUAAUGGGCAUACAACAGCUAAACUUGGAUUGUUGGACAUUUCACUGGGGCAUAUCGGCCAACAUGUGGGGGACUGGGAGCAUUUGACUCUCCGAAUAAGCAAUUUUGAUGGGGUUUUGUACAAAGUUUACUUCGGACAACACAGUUCAGGCACAUGGAUCGACACAUCAACGGUGGAAUUUCACACCGGCAAUAAAAUCGUCGCUUAUUCAGCAUUAAGCGGCCAUCCAUUUUAUUCCAAACCUGGGCUUGUUUUACAGGGAGGUGGUGAUAUUGGAUUAAGAAAUUACACUGCAAAAAGUGAGAUUUUUAUGGAUACUGGAGGUGGGUUUUCAAUAGUGUCGGCAGAGAAUCUUGUUCCAACAGUGGUGGAGCCGCCGUGGUUGAAUUAUGAUCGAGAAUGGGGUCCGGUAACUGUGACUAAAGUUGGGGAUGAAGUGAAUAGGUUGGAAAAUUUACUGAGUGGGGACCUGAAACCUUCAAUUGAGAAGGUGGUGAAUUUACUGCCUAAUGAAGUUUAUGAAGUAAAAGGUCCAUUGGGUCCCAAGAUGAAGAGUAGUUGGAAUGGCGAUGAAAGAUAA